AUGAUGCAAGCUUGCGACAGUCUACCCAUUAAUAUCGGUAUCACAGGCAAGGGUAAUGAUUGCGGGAAAAAGAGCAUUGAAGAGCAGAUUCUGGCUGGAGCUGCCGGUCUCAAGCUCCACGAAGACUGGGGCUCCACUCCCGCGGCCAUCGACAACUGCCUGGAAGUCUGUGACGAAUACGACGUACAGUGCAUGAUUCACACAGAUACGCUCAACGAGUCAGGCUUCGUCGAGCAGACAAUCGACGCCUUCAAGGGCCGCACCAUCCACACAUACCACACCGAAGGCGCAGGCGGCGGCCACGCCCCAGACAUCAUCUCCGUCGUCGAACACCCCAACGUCCUCCCCAGCAGCACAAACCCCACUCGCCCCUUCACCCUCAACACCCUCGACGAGCACCUCGACAUGCUAAUGGUCUGCCACCACCUCUCCAAGAACAUUCCCGAGGACGUCGCGUUCGCGGAAUCCCGCAUCCGCGCCGAAACCAUCGCCGCCGAAGACGUCCUCCAAGACCUAGGCGCCAUCAGCAUGAUGUCCUCCGACUCCCAAGCCAUGGGCCGCUGCGGCGAAGUCAUCCUCCGCACCUGGCACACAGCCCACAAGAACAAGGUCCAGCGCGGCCCACUAGGCCCAGACGCCGAUACACGGGCCGACAACUUCCGCGUAAAGCGAUACAUCAGCAAAUACACGAUCAAUCCCGCGCUCGCACAGGGAAUGGCUCACGCCAUCGGCUCCGUCGAAGUAGGCAAGGUUGCCGAUCUGGUGAUGUGGAGCGCCGCGAACUUCGGCACGAAGCCCAAAUCCGUCCUGAAGAGCGGUAUGAUCGUUGUUGCGGAGAUGGGUGAUCCGAAUGGCUCAAUUCCAACCAUUGAGCCGAUGAUUGUGAGACCUAUGUUCGCUGCGCGUCUGCCACAGGCUUCGAUCAUGUUCGUUUCGCAGGCUUCGAUCGAUGCUGGGAUCGUGCAGAGCUAUGGCUUGAAGAAGCGUAUUUUGCCUGUGAAGGGUUGUCGCACUGUCGGGAAAAAGGAUAUGAAGUUCAAUGACACUAUGCCGAAAAUGAAGGUCGAUCCGGAGAGUUAUACCGUCGAGGCGGAUGGGAUGCUCUGUGAUGCUGAGCCUUCUUCUGAUUUACCUCUCACGCAGGCUUAUUACAUCUUUUAG